UUACACAAUCAAAACAAUCAGCAGCAGGCAGAGUUCAUCUCAAAGCUAAAGAUGACACUGACCAAAGGUUAUUCUCUAGGCUGCAAUUUAGCACUAAUGUGAAGUAAUGUGUUCACUUUAAUCAGUAACUAAAUGUCUGGUGCCUUAACUCUGGAGUUAAUAGAAAGUUAUAGUGCUAAGUGCAUGUUGAAGGCCUCAUGACAGUACUUGACAUAUUAAAACAUGUAACAUGUAAAAUAUGUUUUUAGUCUUGAAUAAGUUGAUUUUAAUGACCUCUUGCAGCCACACAUGUAUCAUUGAUAUAUUUUCAGAGAAGGAUGCUUCCACAGAUAGAUGGACUCUCCCUUUCUCCAGUCAAAGUCUUCAGUAUUUUGAUUUUCCAUCUUCUAAUACAUUUAAAUCGAGCGGAGUCUCAGGUGGUUGGUCCACAUCAGCCAGUAGUUGCAUUAGUUGAUGAUGAUGUUAUUUUACCAUGUCACGUGGAGCCUGCAGAGGAUGUGACAGCUGAGAUAUUGGAGUGGACACGAUCUGACUUGAACCCAAGAUUUGUCCAUGUGUGGCGAUCCGGUCAGGAUCUGGUGAAUACAAGAAAUCCUUCAUACAGGGGAAGAUCAUCACUGUUCAUCAAUGAACUGAAGCGUGGAAACAUUUCACUGAAACUCUCCAGAGUAAAACUAUCUGAUGGAGGAACAUAUGAAUGCAGCAUUCCUUUAAUGGAGAAAAAAUCUUUUGUUAAGCUUGUGGUUGCAUCACAUGCUGCCAGGUCACUUCUCAUCAGUUUAUCGGGAACUGACGAAAAUAGAGGAGGAGUGGUUUUACAGUGUGAGUCUGCAGGCUGGUAUCCAGAGCCUGAGCUGCUGUGGUUGGACGGUGAGGGAAACCUCCUCUCUGCUGGACCUACAGAGACCCUCAGAGGUCCUGAUGACCUCUAUACUGUCAGCAGCAGAGUGACUGUGGAGAAGAGACACAGCAACAACAUCAACUGCAGAGUCCAACAGAAGCAAAUCAGCAAGAGCAGAGAGACACACAAACAUGUUCCAGAUGAAUUCUUUGAGCUCACAUCCUGUUCUGCUGCUCCCAUUGUUAUUGGUUUGGCUGUUAGUUUGGCUGUAAGCAUCAUCUUGAUUUUGAUUGGAGUCUUUUUCAUCUGGAGACAAAACAAAACAAAUGUCAGGAGAGCUCACUGUGAUGCAUGUAAAGAACAAGAAACAGCAAACCGCCCUGAAACUGACAAAACUGAAAGAGACCAAGAGCAAGAUAAGCUCAUGUCACAGGACAUCGUUCCAUGUGAGAAAAACCAACAUGCAGCUGAGGAGAAGCUGAAGGAGGAACAUCGACAACUGGAGAAAAAAGAUGCAGAGAUCAGCAACAUGAAGAAAGAACCAGACACAAGCAAACCACCUCCUGAGAAAUCUCAGACCAGUUUUGAGGAACAGAAUAAGAGCGGCUCAGCCAAUCACAGCUCAAAGACAGGUGACAUCACUGUGGUCGAGGUCGAGAAAAAUGGCAACUAUAUCUUUCUGAAAAACACUUCCAGUGAGAAUAAACUUUUGUCAGGUUGGAAGUUAAAACUACAGAUCAACAACAGAGAAAGUGCCACAUACGAAUUUAAAGAAAACUUUAUACUGAAAGCUGGAGAGACACUCCUUCUACGGCAAGAUGCUGUCUCUAAGCCAAUUAAAACUGAUGCUGACCUGCUGUGGAUGAACAUGGUCAACUGGAACGUUGGAGACGACGUGAAGAUCGACCUCAUCAGCAACACUGGAGAAGAACAGAUGCUUUUAAAAAACAAGAUCAUGUAAAAUAAUCAGAGUUACUUUUCUGAGGGAUAAAUUAAAUAAGAGCAUUAUUACAUUUUAUAUAUUUCAUAUCAUUUUAUGUCAGUUAAAAAUUUUGUGGUUUUAUUGAAUUAAAAAUAUGUAAAUAAAAA